GCAUCUCUGCGUUUUACACUUGGAAUGUGGCACUCUUUGGUUUUGACUUUGUUUGGAAUUUCCACUUUGGUCCAGGUUUCUGUUCAGGGCCCUUACCAGAGGACUCUGUUAAAAAACUUGCUAAAAGACUACAAUCCCAUGGAGCGGCCAGUAGCCAAUGAUUCCCAGCCUCUCACAGUUGUCCUUACUCUCAGCUUGGUGCAGAUCAUGGAUGUGGAUGAAAAAAAUCAGGUUCUCACCACCAAUAUUUGGCUUAACAUGCAUUGGUAUGAUUAUUAUCUACAGUGGAACCAAUCAGAAUAUCCAGGAGUGAAAAAUCUUCGAUUCACUACUGACCAAGUUUGGACCCCAGACAUCUUGCUUUACAACAGUGCUGACGAUGACUUUGACUCAACCUUUAAGACCAACGUGCUGGUGAAUUCUAGUGGUUACUGUACCUAUCUGCCUCCAGGUAUCUUCAUGAGCACCUGUAAUGUGGAUGUCCGCUGGUUUCCUUUCGACAUCCAAAAGUGUGAAAUGAAAUUUGGCUCCUGGACAUUUGACGGCUGGCUGCUGGACCUCCAGAUGACCGACGCAGAUAUUUCUGGUUAUAUGCCUAAUGGAGAAUGGGACCUAGUGGGUGUGCCUGGCACAAGGAAUGAGGUUUUCUAUGACUGCUGUAAGGAGCCGUACCCAGAUGUGACAUUCGUGAUAACCAUCCGCAGACGAACACUCUACUAUGCCCUGAACCUCCUCAUUCCUUGCGUACUGCUUUCCUCCAUGACCCUCCUGAUCUUUGUGCUGCCUGCUGACUCUGGAGAGAAGAUCUCACUGGGUAUUACAGUGCUGCUAUCACUAACAGUCUUUAUGUUACUGGUGGCAGAAAUUAUGCCUGCCACUUCUGACUCCAUUCCACUCAUAGGGCAAUACUUUGCUAGUAUAAUGAUCAUCGUUGGUAUGUCAGUCAUAGCAACUGUGAUUGUUCUGCAAUAUCAUCAUCACGAUCCAAAUGGGGGAAACAUGCCCAAAUGGGUCCAGCUGGUUCUGCUCCAGUGGGUGGCCUGGUUUUUGCGUAUGAAGCGCCCCGGUGAAUGUGAAGACCCUGAGCGUCCUCCAUGUGCUCCCCAUCUUCGCCGCUGCUCUUCAGGCUCCCAUACUGGCAGCCUUCCCAACACGGUUGACCAACACCACCAUAUGCCUACCACACUGCACCCACUCCACCCCCAGAGCCUUUUGCAAGCAGCAGGCCAUGCCAACCACCUGCCCCCACAGUGUAACAGUGCUAAUAACAAUGGUAGCCUGCUCUACACUGGCUUCCCAAGCUUGGAUGAAGCCUCACCACCUCCACUGUUGGCUGACUCCGCCCCAAGGAAUAGCAUAUCAGGUGGUGUAAUUCGACCAGGGUCUUCCAGCCCGCCACCUCACUUGCCCUCACAUUACAGCAGUCCACCUCCACCACCAACGCCAAACCUAGAUGCUCCUGGUUGUCCCAGUACAGUCUCGGGUGGUGCUGGUGGUUGUUCAUGCUCAGCGGCCAGUGGCAGUGGAGGAGACCCACAGCUUCAGGCUAUCCUGGAUGAGGUUCGUUAUAUUGCUGAGCGUUUCAGAGCCCAGGACGAAAACGACAGUGUAGCAGAGCAGUGGAAGUUUGCAGGGGCAGUUAUCGACCGGCUCUGCCUUGUGGCCUUCAGUGUCUUUAACAUCAUCUGCACCAUCUCCAUCCUCAUGUCAGCACCCAACUUUGUCGAAGCUGUUUCCAAGGAUUUCAUUUGAAGAGACAAAAAUUAAUGCACAAUGUAUAGAUACAGGAAAGUCUGUCUGUAACCAGGAAAUAUCUCAGAAUGUUCAUGAAAACCUUUAAGUUGUGGGAAACAUAAAGUGUAUUAAACAUAGGACUAUAUAACUUUAAAUCCUAGACAGUCAUAUGGACAGAAACUGGACUCUUUGUGGCAAUAGUACCCAGCCUAACAUUAACCUCAAAGAGAGGGGCAGAAAAAGGGAAGCAAAAUCUCAAUCAAAAGGAUGUAUCAUGGUCUUGUCAUGAUAGUGUCAUGAUAGUACAAGAUCACUAUGAAUUCUCAAAAUAUAUUUUGAGAAUGUGCAUGUUUAGGUGUGUUGCAUUGAAUGAAAAAAAUAGAGCUGGUAAGAGUGAGCAACAAACGCGAGGGUGGAGGAGAGGCUCAGGAUGUCUGUGGAGAUGUGCAGGUGGUAUUGACUAAAAACAGAAAUGUUUAAACAGAGAAGAAAAGAAAAUGAGGUUAAGCGAGAUGCUUUUUUUUUAAAACCUUCAGCAGUAAAAUACAGUAGAGCAAUGAGUAAUAGAUGAAUACAGAUGUUAGGAGAGAAUGGUAGGCAGAAUGCUUGCUACCAAGAUGGAUGGAGAUAGUAAACUGUCACUGAGGGAAGAACAGGAGGAUGUGAGAUCAAUUACAAAGAAAGAGCUAGCAUCAAAGAAGGAGGAAUGAGAAAAAGGAGAAAGCGGAUUGGUUAUUAAUUGUUAUUGUUUAUUGGCACUAUGGAUGAUGUGAGGUGAACAGUGUAGGAAAUGAGAACAGUGUGAUGGGAGAGAGAGAGAGAGAGAGAGAGAGAGAGAGAGAGAGAGAGAGAGUUUCUGGCAAAGCUGGAAAUCGCAUUGUAGGAGAGACGUAAAAUAGAACUUCUUACAUCUUGAAACACAGCACACAGAUGCUACUUCAUUCAGAGGAAAUAUAAUAACAGACUAGAUUUAUAUAAUACAAAGAGAAGAGAUUGAUAUCACUGAGACAAAGAGAUGGAAGUCUGGAACGACGUCCUUGUGACACACCGAGAAAUGGCACACAGGCACUAGCAACACUUUUACAAUCUUCCACAUAUUUCAUUCUCCAAUCUCACAGAUAUAUUAUUUUAAUGGAGUUCCAAAGACAAAAGAAGAAAAUCUUGCAAAAGGUCCACCCCUGGAAAUUAAUAGGAAUUAUAACACAUGAAAUUAAUUCAGUUGACUUUCCUAAGAAUAAAGCUACAGCCGCUAACACAACACAAUAUUCUCUUAUUUUCAUUAGGAUCAUUUCAUGCAAUUUUAAUUUUUAAAGAAUGUUAGACCAUAAUGUUUAUUCAGUAACUACAGAGCAACAGUAAUGCUGGAACAAGAAUCUGACAUGCCCUGUAGCUGUUGCAUUGCUGAAAGCAGUGUGUAUUAAUCAGGAGGAAUUUACUCAUAUUCUUAAUACAGCAACCAUGAGAAGGAAUCAAAGGUGUUUGUUGUUAUAUUUUACACAUUUUUCUAAUAAAUCAGUGGCAUACAAGAAAAAAUACAAAUGUCAUGGCUAACAAACUCCUUUGAUGCUUAUAAAGUGUGAGAAAAUGGUCAUAAAGUCAAGAACUACAAGAAUAUUUCAUUUAGAGAAUGUUGAAUGUUAUAGCAGGAUCUGAUUGUGAUAGUGGAAUGAAUAGUUCUCUUUAGAGAUCUUUUCUGCACGAAUUUCCUUUUAUUUCCUUUAGAGAAACACUCAACUGCUCCUUAUGCUUUUCUUUUUUUCUGAAAUAUUAAGACUCUCAAAAUCCCAUAACUUUCACUUUUUAACAUUUGAUUGACUUUCAUUUCCAAGUAUUUGCAUGAAGAAGACAAUGAGCAGUUUGUACAACGUUCUUAAAACUGCUCCUGUUUCUACUUAGCUCUGAUGAGUCCAGGCCAUUAAGAGUCAUUCAGCCAUCAUGUAUCAUUGAAACCCCUGAUGUUUCAGCCAUGUUUUAUUUGUCAUUAAACUAAAAUCCAACCGGAAACAGCGAGCAAAGUGUUCACUCUCACAAAACUUGUAAGCGGUUAGGAAAUAAAGCUAGGAAGGCAGCACAGUUUCCUAUAAUACAGUGAGCACAAACUCAUAUGGUCUUGUUUUCUGAGUUGUCUGAGAAGACCGGCUGUAGAUGGUCAAUAAGUAUUAAAAGGCCAUGUUGGUUUCUGUUGUAAGGACUGAAGUGGACUGUACAGUAUGUGUCUUAUUAUGUGUCUAUAUUAGAAAAUCUACAAGCUUUUGAGAUUCAGAACACAUACAGGAGCAGGCUGUGGAAGCAAUAGGCUGGAGACUUAUUGACCACCUGGAUUGCGUGUGUUUUAUUUUGAAAGACCUGUGACACUCAGUGGCCUCAAUGGACAUUAAUGAUAACAAUGAUAAAAAUUUAGCUGGUCUACAAACUUCCAGAAAACUAUAACAAGACUGAAAACAGCAGUAGAUCCUGCACCCACAAACCAGACGCUUUACAGAAUUACCAUUUCUGUUAGCUAGGGAGCCAAAUCUUUUGGCAUAGAGAAGUAGCAGAACUACAUCAUAAAUAACAGCACAAACAAAACUGUGCAGUUGGAAUUACUUACAUAAGCAAACAAAAUCAGUUAUGAUAAAAAAAAAUUGAGCAUGGCAGAGAGGGCCAAGAAGUAGACUCUAUUAAUUGCUUAGCCAUGCAGGUCAAUCAAACAACUGAUUCAGCAGAAGUGCAACAGCAGUCAUCAUUUGGGUAAGAGUAAAUAUUUCCCAACAGCACUGACUCAGAUGGUGUCCAGACUCGAGAGAAUGAGAUGUCCAGAAAAGUCCGGGACCAUGUUUGUACUUGUGAACAUACUGUUUAGUAUUGUAGA